AUGAGGCGUUUCCCGAACCUGUUAUGUUUUGUUUUGACGUUAUCCAUAUCAAAAGCCGUGCAGUUCCCAACAAAUCCUACCUCAGAAAUGUCGGCAGAUGAGAAAAAUUUAAUAAAAGGUAACAAAACUCUCGAACAAUCUGAUGAGAGCGGUCACGAAAUCGAUGUAGAUGGUGAGGAUAUAAAAGACAAAAAGUAUUUAGAUGAUGCAAUGAAAACGAUUUUGGACCCCAAUACCGUCAUACUGAAAACAAACGACGAUAUUGAAAGUUUCAAAAUUCAGUUGGAUGAAUUAGAUAAAGAAAACAUGACAGUUGAAAACUUUAUGGACGAAAUGGACAAACUGAGCUUAGAUGUUUGUAAAUCAUCACAGGCCUCAUUGUGGUCUUAUGUUACUGAUAUUAAUAAUGAAGCUAAAAAGAAUAAAAUGAUAAAAAUUGCUGCAGUAGAAGACGAAAUAAAGAAACAAUACUGGAAUACUAUAAAAAGGAAAUAUAUUAACGAUGAACCAUUGCUAAGGGACCCGAAAUUGAAGAGGAAAUUACGAAUUAUUAAGGAGAGGGGGACGAAUGUACAGAUGCCCCAAAGCAAACAAAGAGAAGAAAUAGAUUCUAUGCAACGAAUUUGGAGUCGAGUUACAGUAUGUGCAUAUAAUGCAACAAACUGCAAUAAAGAAGAAUCAAUACGAACAAUAAAUGAUAUAAUUUCAGUCUUCAAAACUAGUAAUGAUACCAAUGAGUUAGCGUAUUAUUGGAAAACUUACCGAGAUGCAACUGGAAAGCAGAUAAGACCAAUUUUUAAAGAUUACGUAUUGAGAAUGAAUAAUGUAGCGCAAUCGGAGAAUUUUACUGACGCUGGAGAAAUGUGGCGGUAUACAUUCGAAGACGAUAACUUUGAUAAAACUGUUUGUAGACUUUGGUCUGAAAUAAAGCCUUUAUAUGAUACUCUACAUACUUAUGUCAGAGUGAAGUUGAAAACAUUUUUUAAAGAUGAGUUAGUCGAUAAAGACAAGAUGAUUCCUGCGCAUAUUCUGGGCAAUUUGUGGGCUCAAGAAUGGCAAGCAAUCUACAAUAAAGUUGCUGCAUACCCUAACAUUUUCAGGCCAACGCUAAAAAAUAACAAAAGCUUUCAAGCGAGGGACCUUUUCGACGCUGUCGAUGAGUUUCAUCAAUCACUUGGUUUCGCGAGUGCAAACGAGACAUAUCAAGACUUAAGUGAAACUAUGACAUCUGCUAACUGUUUGCCUUCCAGUCAUGAUAUGUGCGAUGGAGUAAAUUACAAGAUAAAGUGGUGUGGACAAAAUGUGAACGACAUAACUAUGGGGCUGUCGCGCGCUGCCAGGCUGUUAGGUCACGUACAAUACUUUAAACACUAUCGCGAUUUGCAGCCACUGUACCGAGACGGACCUAAUCCAGCGUUCCACGAUGCAAUUGCCGACAUCGUCGCGAUACAGAUGACCUCGCCAGCUCACUUACAAACCUUGAACUUCGUGGAGGCCGAUACUGGCACUGAAGCUGACAUCAAUCACUUGCUUUGGCUCGCAUUGGAGAAACUUCCACUUGUUGCCUACGCGUAUGUCCUCGAUAAAUGGAGAUGGGAUAUUUUUGCAAAUUCUAGUUUGGAGAAUUGGAAUGAACAUUGGUGGGAACUUAGAACUAAGGAGACUGGAAUAUCACCACCGAUGCUUCGAAAUGAAAGUGAUUUGGACCCGGCGGCAAAGUAUCACGUCGUAUCGCAUGUACAGUAUAUAACAUAUCUAGUGUCGAACGUGUUGGAAUUUCAAAUUUUGUCGUCACUAUGCAAAAGAGCAAAUCACACGGGACCUUUACACGACUGCUCUAUACACGGUGUGCAGGAAGCGGGAAAACGGCUCAGUGAUGGAAUGGGUCUCGGUGCCAGCGUAGGUUGGAGGAGCGUUCUCCACACAAUGACUGGAGAAUCAGAGUUAUCUACACAAGGAAUAUUAGAAUAUUUUGCACCCCUCGAGAAAUUUCUACAGAACGAAAACAAGAGGAAUAUUUGUAAUAGAUUUCUUUCUUUGUGCGGACUCGCUAGAAACGGUUCCUUAGAUAUCGCCACAAAUGAAAUGACACAAAGCAAAUCGAGUGAAGUCAUAGGAGUUAAUGAAGAGAAGGUUUGA